CGCCCGCUGUCGUUUCGUAUUCGGCAUCGGUAUCGUAGUCGACAAGCCGAUCGGCGAUAAUAACAGCGUUUUAUAAAAUUGUACUGUGUAUUAUUGUUGGUGUCGAGGUGGGUACCAUAUACGUAUUGUGGUAAAAUAAAAAAUGAUUACAGUGUUAUGUUUAGUGAUUAAAAUAACAAUGUAAGUUGUAACUAACGCUCAGUGCAGUGCUGUGAAAGUUGUACCUUGUGUAUUGGUGCUGAUUUUUAAAAUGACCGAGAAAAAUAAAUCGGAGAAGAUGACUAAUUCAUCGAAACCUGUUCCCAUGAAACUGUUUGCCGCCUGGGAAGUUGAUAGGACUCCCUCCAACUGUAUUCCAAGGCUUUGCACCCUACGCGUCACAAGGCUCCGGGUAUGCGGCGCUCUGGGCGAGGCUGGCGGGGGUGCAGCGGGGGGCGCGGGUGCCGGGGCGGUCACCCUCGCAGCCCGGAUGCACAGCAGUAAGCGGACAUUACGCUCCAACGACAUCACCGUGCCGCCCAUGGAUGUUGAGCUGGAUCUUUGCUUCUCGCUGCAGUACCCGCACUUCGUCAAACGCGAUGGCAAUAGGUUGCAGAUCAUGUUGCAAAGACGCAAGAAAUACAAAAAUCGCACGAUACUCGGGUACAAGACGCUAGCUGAAGGCGUCAUCAGAAUGGAUCAGGUGCUCCAGCGCUCGAUGGAUAUGGAGUUGGAGCUCACCAGUGUGGGAGGGAAGGUGGGCGCCGGUGCGGGACAACCGGUAGCCAGGCUCACCAUCACCGGUCUCGCCUCCACGCCUGUAGACCACGACACGAAAAACAACAAUACCUUGCUUAUCACUGAGCGUGGUUACUCAGACGAGGAAGAAGAAGGGGAAUUCAGCUCCGUGGAAGAAGCAGAUGAGAUGACUUAUGGGGCUGCAGCGAGGCGGCGGGCACAUCGGCAACUUGCCUUCAACAAAGGAGACUUAUCCUAUACUAAGCUGUCACGCUCGCGAGAGCUAAGCUUCAUGGAGCGAGAGAGAAAGAUACAGAGCUAUAUACGGUCCAAGGCGCACGACAGGGACAGCGAUAGCGAACUGGAGCACACAGCAAAGCGCAAGGGCAGCCGCGGCAAGCUGGCGCAACGCAACCUGAAGCAAAAGUUCGCGGCGCUGCUGAGGCGGUUCCGCGUUCCCGAGGAGAUGGGGGAGCGUGACGCCGCAAGGGACACCCACCAUGCUCAAAGGGACAUUGACGAGCUAUUUCAUGAAUUAGAAUCGCUGUCAUGCGGUGAAGGCGAGGACUCUGGGCCGGAUCAGAUGGAUACGAUCAGCAUAGGCUCCACGCCAAAACCCUCGCUGCGACCCUUCUUCAGCAGCUCACGAAGCCUGGCCAACCAGGAACACCAUCGACAUUCCAACGUGACUCGGCACGCCAGCCUCGCGUCGACCGCAGAGCUGCGCCCACGCGACCGUCCGGCUGCGUCGCUCACAGAAUCAGAAGUCAUACGCAGCUCGGCAGGCGACGAGCGCGGUAGCGAAGGUAAUAGCGACGGGGAUGCCACCCUCGACGCUGCCGUCUCCGGAGCCUCUGUAUCUAGUUCACCUCCAAAUGAAACUAAGGUAUACUCUAAGGAGGAUAAGAGGUCAAGGCUGUUCCGCAGUGCCACUAGUGGUGGUAACCUAACUCCAGCGGCUGCGGCCCGGAAGAAGAAUUCGCUUGUCAUUGGCACUGAAAGACCGCUUUCUGCUCACGAUUUACCAGCGCAGAGUCCUACUACUCUUGAGCCUCGUCGCACAAUGAUAGAGCAAGUCACCCGCUUCCUGGGCGAGGAGGGUCCGGUACCUGAAUGCGUAGCGGUGGCGCCUAGCAGUAUGGCGCGGGUGUUCCAAGCGCUCGCAGUGCCCGCAGUUUUGGCACCGCCGGGUGUUAUGCCCGACGUUCGCCCGUUCUUGCACGCGCUGUUGGCUCGGGCCGCUAAGCAGGGUCUUCGUCGUUCGUUCGUCCGGGUGUGCGUUUGCGGUGGAGAGGCCGCAGCCGCGGCGGCAUUGCGCGCGCACGCGGAAUUGUCUGCGAGGCGGCACGACGCGCCUUCUUUACGAUUCUACAUCGUACCCAUCGGACCAAACACGGUUUCUCGAUGGUUGGGUGCGUCAGACAACGCGUACGCAGCGCUGUUCUGUGGAGAGACGUGGGCGUCGUUAUGCGAGCGAGCGGCCGACCCCGGCAUGCCAGACAUCGCGGAAAUGUCCUCGAGGGUGGCCAGAUACCUGAACAGUAUUGGCCCAGUAAACAACAUACCGAUUGGCGAGGCGAUGGUUGCUUACCGAGAGAAAUCGGGAGACGAAGAUUCCAGUCAGACUUUCGUACCAUUUAUUGCUGAGGUUCGAGUCGGUUGUGGAGAGGGUGGGCCCUCCUCACUAGAGUUGGAGGAUGGCGGGUCCCCUCCAGCGAGGCCUUCGCCCCCUGCAACCCCGGCCCCCGUGCCCACGCCGGACCUUGCGCCGCCACUUGCGUUGUCACGGACUGAACCGCUGGAACUUCAGCUUGAUUAUUGGCUGGUUGGAGCUCGAUGUGCGGACGGUGGUGGUGGCGGGGCGGAAGGUGGCGGUAAGGUGACGCUGAAAGGUUCCUUCCGAGCCUUGCUGGUCACUCGACACAAUCAUCAUCUUUGCAUCACCUACCUCACUAAGGAGAAGAAGCAGAAAAUAAUGAGGUUGGGUAAGAAGAAAGAAAAGAGCGGUGAGACUGAAUCAGGUCGCGCGCAAACCGUCGAGGGAGUUGCUCGUCUCAUAUGCUCGGUCAAAGGAUCGCACAAUGCGCCGCUCAAAGUGUACAUCGACGGCACCGAAUGGAAUGGAGUGAAGUUCUUCCAGCUGUCCACGCAAUGGCAGACGCACAUAAAGACUUUCCCUGUCGCCACAUGCGGAGCUCCACUAGCUCCCCCCGAGACUUAGAACACCACAAGACCCUUCGAAUUGUGGUAUCCAUUGCUUUGGCUUCGUAAAAGCCUCUGGACCCACAACCGCUCCAGGAAAAAUAGACAUACAUUUCUCCAAACUCAGAAUAAUUAGAUAUAAGGCUGAGAAUGUUGAGGCUUAGUGUCAGUGUUAUAAAUGGAGACUAUUUGGGAAAAACAAUAAAUGUAAAUUUUUUUUGUAAGUUUUGAAUGUAUGUUUCAAAUUAAAAAAAGAAUAACGUAUUAACUUUUUGUCUAUUUAAAAUCUGCCUCUGGGUUUAAUAUAAAUAAAUACAAUAAUGUACUAAAAAACAUUGGAUAACGGUUUAGAAGAAAGUGUCGCAAAAGAAGUGACAUUCAUUGUUUUUCCCGUUAAAGUUUCAAAUGUUGUUGUAUUAUUUGCAAAUCGAUUGAUCGCGGGAUAUCUUUUAUAAAUAAUAUUCUACAUAUGAAUGAAUUAGACAGUGAAAAUAAGUUUCCAAUCUCGAAGGGUCUCCAUCUGCUAACAGUUUGCUGCUGUAAAAGGUGUGCUUAACGUAUGUUUAUAUUAAAAUAUUAGAUUCAGUGUUUUUAAACAUAGCGUAUUUAUAGCAUAAGUAGAAACGACGACCGGACUCUUUCUCUUGUUAGAUUUUGUAUUUUAUUGAUCGAAACGAAAUUAAAGAUAGACAACGUUUUGAAACAUUGGAUUUUUUUGCAAUUAAUUUCUUGUAAUUUAUUAUAAAUGAGAGAAUACUGAUGAGAUGAUGCUUAUAAAGGAUUCCCAGAAAAAUACCGUAAAUUGCGUCCAAUCGAUAGGAUAAUUUCAUAGCAGCCUCCAGCCAAGUUAGAUAUAGAAUUUGACGUUUUUAUCUGGAUGUCUAAUUUUCUUGGUCGGUUCGGUACGCAGCUCUUCGUGUCGGCUUUAACAAUCUAAAAUACAUGUAGUAUUAUAUAUAGCAGGGUGUCCGCUUUCUCGAAAGUCGGUUAACUGGACGAAACUGAUACGAUAACGAAACACGUGUUUCAUGUGUAAUCUCGGAUAAAAUGUCGCGUGACAUUUUAUACCUAGGUUAUUUUGUUUGCGCGGAUAAUUCACUAUUAUAAGUUUUUGGUAUUACUAAGUUUUCUUUACAUUAAUAAAAACUAAAUCAUUUUUGGUUUUGUGACUCUUUUCUCUAAAUGUUUGGGAUUUUAUCAAGUGGACACCCUUAUACGUUAAUACUGAGUGUCGAAAUAAGAAUUACGCCGACAAAGCUACAAAAUGAGGCUUUAAUUGUAACUCCAUAAAGUCUUAAAUCGUAUUUCUCAACAUUAUCCCAUUAAUGGAAUGUAUUUUUAAUAAGUAACGCUAAAUAAGUUACUUAAUAUAUUAAGCUGCCAUGGUUUUAGCGUAGGCUUUUGUUAUGUAUCUUUGAAUCCUAUUUGGUUCAACUUAGAGUCCAUAUUCCGUCGUAGAUUAGUUCGUAUUCAGUUUUGUGUUUAUACGUUCGAGUUGCAUAAUGAAGGCUCAAUAACCACGUUAACUAUGCAUUAUAGUCAUUUCAUAGUUGUUAGUAAAGUAUUUAACGUUAUAGAUAUUCAAUGUACUCAAUUUAUGUAUAUCGAGGAAUUUAUGGUUCGUGACAUUUCCAUAUAACUUAGAUUAGGUGUAACGAAAUAUGAAUGAAACCGAAUUUCGUGAGCGUAUUUUCGGCACAUAUCAGAUAGUUACGUGCUGGGCGGUUCGGCGCGAUUUUAAUUUUAUCUGUGAUUUUGGGAAUGCAGUUGUUUUUUUAAGUGAUAGUCCAUCGGUGACUAAUUAUUUUGUAUUUUUUAUAAGUGCAAACGGCGAUCCGUACGUGUAGCAAGCAAUAGCUUUGGUACAGUCAUGUAGUGUUUUUUGGAUAUAUAUUAGAUUCUAUAAGAUAUAAUCUUCCUUAUAUAAUUAGUAUGUACGCAAUUUACGAAGAUACCUAGUACCGCAUUAUUUGCCAAUAAGUCGCAAAUAAAGAGCGAGCAGUAUUAUUUUAGCAACGUUUUGAAACUACACUAAUCGUUUACAAUUUUGUACGUCCUUGAGCCAGCUUAAGAAGCAAAUUUUCUAUUGCUGCGGUACUACUGUAGUUAGGCCAUGGAUUAAUUGAGGCAAUGAUUUAAACGCUAACCCGAACUGAGACUAAAUCAAGUUUAAAAUAUGAAAGGGCAAUGCCAAAAAUAAUAUGUGAAUGAAUAAAUGCUCACUCAAUAACUUUUCUACUUCAUUUGCAGCUAAAUUAAGGUAGCGGAAUAAAGCUAUUUUACGAAACAGAAAAAACAUUUAUAUUAAUUAAAGAAAAUAACAAUAAAAAAAUUGAAUUAUUUAUAUAACAUUUUAAGAUACUUUAUUAACAUAAUCUGGUGAACAUUUAUCCUUUUUGGCAUGCCUUGGAUUGUAUUUACAGCAUUUUUGGUAAGCGUUUAAAUAAAUGUCGUUAAAAAGCCUACGACUGUUUCACGUUUUCAUAUUAAUAUAUUGAUUAUUAUUAAUAUUCUCAAAUUUAAUCAUAUUAAUAAAUGUUUAGGAUGUAAUAAGUGUUUAUAAUCGGUGGAUUUUAGUGUUAUAAUAUACGUCAACGAAAAAUUUUAGGGGUUUUGUUCCGAACGGAGUUUGACUCGUAGUAGAAUUGGCGAACCGUAAUUUUUAUUAAAAUUACUUAAUACACGAUUGCUAAUGAGCUAAUUUAUUGCCAAAUGUAAAAAUGAAACGGUGUAUUUGAAAAUAUAGUGGUGACUUUAAAAUGUUUAAGUGAACUAUACCAAAUAAUAUAUAACACAUAGCUCGCCACUUUCUCAGUACCGCUUAAUACGUUUACGCAUACCUUGCAACAAAUCGCAAACGGAAAUGGAAAUCGAAAAAUAAUGUGCAAUGGCGACCUCAUUUACGGACGUUGCUUACAAUCACAAAAUAACUCUUCAAAGUUCAAUAAACACACUGUAUAUGUUAAUAAAAUUUGAGGAUUUCCCUCGAUCUUUAUGAAAUCCUCUCACCAGAUCUCUCUUUGUGUUGAUCACCUUGCAAGUACCCUUUCAAACAUUAAACACGAACUUUGUGUCUAUUUGGUUUUCUAUCCGUUCGCAUUUUUACGCGACCGACGAUAUUCAUACCACACAAAAUUAGACCCAGUACUCCUUUCCCAUUCAGAUUAUUCAGACUGACCGUAAGCUACAAGCAGAGCUAUACUUAGCUGACUUUUAGCUGCAUUCGAAUCGUGAUUUUCCAUUUCCAACGAAUGCUGUUUACCCAGGUCGUCUUGUAAUGUGCGAAUAGCUUUUGCUGCAAGUUUUGUGUGUGCCAAAUUUUUGGGAAGUUGAUUUGCCAUAUUAAUAAACAUGUUCACUCAAACAUCGUAAAUCUGAACAUUGAACACAGAACACCCUAACGGGAUAGCAAACUUUACACAUACUAUAAAAAUUCGUGCCAAACUUACUCAGUUUGGACUUUCCAUGGUAUUUCCGAACGUGAGGCGGCUUAUACCGUAAAUAAAGAUUUAGAACAUGAUGAUUCAAACAAAAUAAAUCUUCCAGUCAAGUCUUCUUGUUCGGAAAAGAUUUGAAAUAUAAAUGGUUUUUUCUCGUCUUGUGAACUUGUGUUAAUAUAAUGCUUAGAAGACGCUGCCCUUUUAUAUUCCUGCUACUCAAUGAUGAUAUAAGUAAAAAGAGGUAGAUAAGUUAUAUGCGUCUUAAAAGUGGUACAUAAAACCUGUGCUCAGUCGUAAGUCGGGAGCCGACUCCUUGGCUUUGUAGGGUAUUCAAAAUUAACUUGUCAUUACAAUUUAAUUUUGUCUUAGUUAGACAUUUGUCUUCUACAUUCGAUAAUCAAAUUAUUGAUGACAGAAAGAGAUAAAUUAAUAUGUAACUUUUCACGCGCUAUACAAAUAACCAAUUGUGUGACGUGUGAGACAUGUAUUAUUUUGCCCGCGACUUCGACUGCUGGGUUUUUUUUCUCCGGAAUAAAAUUACCCUUUUCUUGGGGAAAUCCUCAUGGAUAACACCGCGCUAUGGGAAGGCACGGCUAUUAUGUGAAACCCCAUGGUGUUCCAACGCCGCAGGAACGCCUUCCCACUCCCCCCCGACGAAUAAAAUAAUCCAAAGUCAAUAAUCCACUCUUUUCUAUGCGGGAAACCCAUGUUGAUCCAUUGUUCACUUGGCUAUUAAAAAUUGACAAAUCAAAAGCCACAGUAGGCAUUAUUAUUAGAGUAUAAUUAGGUUAUUAUUAAAUAAAAUCUACCUUUAUUUACUUAUAAAAUCUUUUCCCGCCACUACUCUAUAAAGGUGCCAAUUCUGUUAAAUUAAAAGCUCCAAAGCGACUUAAAUUAACACGUCUAAAAGAAUUCGGGCAUUCCCAGGUGAUGGCCCAGUGUGAAAUGGACAGCAUUAGUUUUAGACCUGUUGAAUUCGUAUAGUUUAGAUAUUUGGACAACAGAAUUGGGCACCACUACCUUGUAAAAUUCUACCUAUAGAUAAAAAGUAAAAUACAAUAACACAAACUACUUGGACAAUAGUCGGUGUAUCUUAGAUGUGUACGAUAUUAAAGUCAAUGUUAGAUUAAGAUGUGUAUCAAAUAGUUAUCUGUGUACGAAAGGGUCAUGUUUAGGUGCGUACAAAAUAUAUAUUAAGUACACAUUGGACGUUGUAAGCUUAUUCUGCAAUACAUUUACAUCUAUUCAUGGCCUGUUAACCCCCGACUUACAUCGAGGGGUGUUAUUAUAUUGUUUCAUACAUAUGUGUUAAAUUGUAUACAAUUUCAAAGACCUCGAAAUAUUAUUUGUGUUGUUGCUGUUGUUUAACACAACACGUUAUAUAAAGGUUUAUAAAUCUGAGGCUAAACCUUGCGGUGGUUUGCUAAUUUACGACCAAUCAAGAUGCGCUGAUUGUAUCAAGGAUUCUGAUUGGAUGCAAAUUGUCUUUUUUAACGGAUUAUUUUCAAUAUUCAAAAAGUCUGCUCCAAGAUAAAUUAAAAGCAUAGCUUCGUCCCUCUAAAAUUCAAAUCACGCCUAUGCUUCAACUUUUAUAACGGUAGCUAUUUUAUUGGUAACGUCAUUUAAACCAAGGCUGCUUUUAGACGUUACUAAUUAAAACAUCAAAAGCAAUGAAAUUCACUCAUUAAGUAAUAUCAUAAACAUAUUCUUUGUAUCAACAAUAAUAACAAAAUGAUCAUAUUUCGUGGUCUUUAAAAGCGAUUAUUCUAUUAUAAGAUCCAGUAAUAUUCCGUUGAGCCAAGUUUUAAAUUUCUAAUACCUGUUUAACUUUGUUUUGCGAUUAACUUCUGCUUCGUUGUAUUGCUCAAAGUAAAACAGGCAUUAGAUUUAGAUGUUUUGAUUCUUGCGGUUUGGCGCUAUAAUGUAUAUCAUCGAAGUUUCCAGAACUUUAUAACUUUAUUGGUGCAUAUAGUACGCAAAACUCAAUCAAAUUGUCAGCCCCAGAUAAAGUGCCAUUCCGUUGGAAUGAGCGUUGCACGAUUUUACAUAAAUCUGAAUUAAAAAUAAAGGUCCAUUGAUACGCAGUUGUUGGCAUUUUAUGCCGAAAGAAAUUGCAUAGUGCUUGGUAAAAUCGGGCACAUAAUCCUGGGUAUGCCCGGGUCAAGCGAAUAAAUUAUAAGAUAUCAAAUUUUCUUCCUACUACUAGUAGAAGUUUCAUGGCCCAUCGACAGUGUUUUAAGAAUUGGAGCAGUAUUGUGGGCCAAUAUUAGAUUAGAUGCCUCACUCAUAGGAGAGGCUUAUGCAAUGGGACAUUAAUAAGCUGAUGAUAGGUGGCAUUAUUUAACAACAACUGCAGAUCAACUCCGAAACGGUGAUUAUCACAUUGCUAUUACAGCAUUUGUUACUGGCUUAAUAACUCAAAUUGACCAAUAGUGGAACAGCUCUAGUCAAUAAGAAAGCAUUGCGAUGAUCACAUGACCUUCUAUGACAAUUUUCUGCCUGUAUUGGCACCAGAGUAAUUGCGUAAUGUACGUUUAUAUUGUGAGUCAACUUCUUUGUAUACUCAUUGAAAAUACCGGUGCGCAAGCAAAGUCGAAUUGGACGUGCGAGCAGAGGGAGGUCCCUUUGCACUGCCAAUUGCUGACUUGACUCACAAUAUAUAUACUUAUUACACAUGUGACCAGAGUUUUCUUUUAUUCGGGUUAGGUCCUAGACCUAAAUAAGAAACAAGAACGAUAAAGAACGCUUUUUGGGCGCUAUUCAAAUGUGCUUAGUGCCAUAUAAAAAGUAUUGCACAAUAAUUAUUUGGACGCUUUAGAUUACUAUAUUAACUUUACGAAAUAUAUUAUGUUCUAUGUGCUUAUAUCGUGAACUGUAUGCGUAUAAAUUCCAAGCCUUUAUUGUAAGUUUUCAAGUUACGAAUCUUAAAAGACACCACUCAUAUCAUAACAAGACAUUUUUUUGGUAG